GUCCAUAUUCUUCUUAUUCUCCUUUCACUUUUACAAUGGUCAACGGCGUCAUUGACUUUAAUCACCAAUCUGUCGAGGUUCCUAACUCCAGAAAGCCUGGUCAAACUGGUGUCUACAGAAACGCUCAAACUUCAAAAGACUUGCUCACUAACAUCAAUCCCAAGGUCACCACCAUCUAUGAAGCUUUCCGACAGGGUUUGAAGAUCUCUCGUGACCGUCCCCUCUUGGGUAUGCGUCCUAUUGUUGACGCAAAGACCGGAAAACGCGGUCCAUAUGCCUGGCAGAGCUAUCGCCAAGUGUCCUACCGUAUCACCAACUUUGGUUCUGGAUUGUUCAAUUUGAUUGACUCAGUGGUUGGCGAGGACUAUGGUAAAGGAAGUAUGCCAAUUGGUAUUUGGGCCAACAACCGCCCUGAAUGGUUUAUUGCGGAUAUGGCCACAGCUGCGUAUGGCCACUUUUCCGUUGCUUUAUACGAUACACUGGGUCCCGAUACCGUGGAAUAUGUCACCAACCACGCCGAAAUUAAGGCCCUUGUCACAUCAGCUGACCACAUUGCUGACCUUUUGAAGCUUAAGCAUAAACUUCCUACUCUCCAGGUUAUCAUCUCCAUGGAUAAAUUGGACGAUGAGACCCCAGUAGCCGGCGUUCCUAACAAGAGCGCCAUCAUCAAGGCUUGGGCUGAGGAGAAGGGCAUUGUAUUGGUGGAUAUGCAGACUCUGGAAGCUGAAGGACGUAAGGCCAAGCGAGCUCAUCGUCCCCCUAAGCCGGAUGAUUUGGCUUGCUUGAUGUACACCAGUGGCACCACUGGCGUUCCCAAGGCAUCUAUGCUCAGUCACCGCAACUUCGUCUCCGCCUUGUCUGGUUCGCUGUACAACUUGGAUGCAAACCAAGAUGAUAUUAACAUUUCCUACUUGCCAUUGGCUCAUAUCUUUGGUCGUAUAACGGAUCUCAGUCUGGUACAAGCUGGUGGUCGUAUUGGUUACUAUUCUGGGGAUGUCUUGCAAUUGUUGGAUGAUAUGCAAGCUUUGAAACCCACGUUCAUGGCGAGUGUUCCUCGUCUUUUGAACCGUAUCUAUGCUCGUAUUGCUUCUCAGACCAUUGAAGCCCCUGGUAUUACUGGUGUGAUUGCCCGUAAAGCCGUUGCUGCCAAAUUGGAGAAUCUCCACAAUGGUGGUUCCUACACCCAUCCUUUCUGGGAUCGUAUCAUCUUUAACAAAGUCAAGCAAGCAUUGGGUGGUCAUGUUCGUGCUAUGAUCACUGGUUCCGCUCCUAUUGGAAAGGAUGUCAUGCAAUUCCUUCGAAUUGCCCUGUGCGUUGACCUUCGUGAAGGAUAUGGUGCUACCGAAUCUUGCGCUGCUUGCACUUGUCACAACCCUGGUGAAUACCGAGCUGGUCACAUCGGUGUUCCUUUCCCUCACAACGAAAUCAAGUUGAUAGAUGUCCCUGAAAUGGAUUAUCUCUCUACUGACCCAUAUCCCCGUGGUGAAAUUUGCGCUCGUGGUCCCAACAUUUUCCUUGGCUACUACAAGGAUGAGGAGAAGACUCGCGAAACCAUUGAUUCUGAGGGUUGGUUGUUGACUGGUGACAUUGGUAUGAUUGAUGAACGUGGAUGCGUUAUCAUUAUUGACCGCAAGAAGAAUAUCUUCAAGCUUGCUCAAGGUGAAUACAUUGCUCCUGAGAAGAUUGAGAAUGUCUAUGCCAAGAACACUUUGUUGGCUCAGAUCUACCUCCACGGUGACUCUCUUCAAAGCUCUUUGGUCGCCAUCAUCGUUCCUGACCCCGAAGCUCUGAAUGUUUUGGCCGCCAAAAUUCCUAGCGUUGCUGGCAAGAAGCUCUCAUACCAAGAGCUUUGCAAGCACCCCGAAGUGAAUGCUGCCAUCUUGGCGGAUAUGGAUAAGACCGGUCGCAAGGCUGGUCUUCGUGGCUUCGAAUACGCUCGCAAGAUUUAUCUCGAGUCCGAGCCUUUCUCUAUCGAAAAUGAAUUAUUGACCCCUACCAUGAAGGUCAAGCGUCCUCAAGCUGCCAAGUACUACCAAGAUCAAAUCAAGGCCAUGUACGAUGAACUUGACAAGCAGACCGUCACAGCCAAGUUGUAAUCGCAUACCCAGCGCAACCCAUCCAUUCACCCACCCACCCCCCAAAAAAAGAGAGCAUUCGACACCCUCUAUGUUAUAAAGCAUUUCACUCUAAGCAAACCCACCCAAAACUUACAUUAAAAAAAAAAAAUGAUGACAGCUCAAUCCAUUACUUAACUUUGUUAAAACCCAGUACCUCUAUU